AUGCCUGUCACUUCUACUCAAAUUGAUGAGUGUUCUGUUUUUUCUUAUCCUGCUCCAACUUUCAGUCCAUCAGCUGCGGAAGUUAUCUCGAAAAAGCUUGACUGGCUAACGGUAGAGGGCAUUUCUACUGUAGACUGUUGUCCUGAUGUAGUACACUGUACUCUGCCAAAUGGUAUUAAAAUUGAAAACCGUGUACGCUUUAAUGGUGAAUCAAUGAAUGGUAUAUAUGCGACAAAAUUUUACAAAGCGCAUACCAUUAUAUUCAAAGAAAAACUUCAUCUGAUUCGCCCAAAAGAUGGCGAUUUUAAAUUAAUUGUUGAUCCUGAUGGCACUGAAUAUCAUAUGAACGGAUAUAUACACAUACCUUAUCGAAGUAUUGAUAUUGCAGUCUUGGGCACAUUCUCAUUAUUUAUAAAUCAUAGUUGUGAUCCCAAUUGUUUAAUUAUAGACGCAGAGGAUCGCAGCGAAAGUGUUUUUAUCGCAUUGAGAGAUAUUCAACCGAACGACGAGAUAACGGUGGACUAUUGUCUAGCAGAAUAUGAUGUCAAAGGUAAAAAUAUACGUAUAUAA